CCACCACCAUCAAUUUGUGACAGGCGCCAUGACCGAGGCGCCGCAAGCACCGAAUUAUAUUGACGAAUUUGUCACGCUGGUUGGGGAGAUGAAGCAGAGUGUUGCCUCUGCUCGAGCUCCUCUAAAGCCAUUAUCAGCACAAUUAAAAGAUAAUUCCCUGGACUUCACACCUGGAAUCUCCCUUCUCACCCUCAAGUCACACACAAUGCUGUCCUACAUGCACUCCCUCGUCCUCCUGACCUCUCACAAGCUAUUGGGUCACACUCUCAAAUCCCGCACCUCGCCUCCCGAACUUUUCUCUGACCCGAAACGAUGUGCAAGAGGAACUGGCGCCGGAGAUUUGGUAGAUGACCUGAUUGAGGGCAGGGUCGUGCUGGAGAAGAUCAGGCUGCUAGAGGGCAAGCUCAAAUACCAGAUCGACAAGCUCGUCAAAGCGGCCGAUGCGGAGAAAGCUAGGGCUGCCGGAGACGAUUCGCUAAGCUUCAAACCCAACCUGGCGAGCUUUGAGGCACCGGAUGGCUCAUCUGCCUCAGAGGACGAAGAUCACGACGCUGGUCAACGGAAGGGGAUAUACCAGCCCCCCCGCGUCGCGCCCAUGCCGUACACCGAGGCGCCGUCCAAGCGGAAACGUGAUCGCGCACCCCCUCGACCAUCCGCAUUGUCCAACCUCAUACUAGACGACGGCACCAACCCGUAUAUCGAGUCUGCAUCCGGAUUAGGUUCGGCACCGUCUAUGGCAUCUGCCCGUACUAGGGAGUUAGAACGUAUGGAGCGGUUCGAAGAGGAGAACAUGACGCGGUUGGUUAUGACGAAGAAAGAGUCCAGGCGGCGGGCGCAGGACGAGGCGAACUUGGCACUGGGUGGAGUGGGAGCUGGGAGAAGAGCAGGAGGACUGGAAGAAGAAUUCGCUGAUGUGCUUCGAGGUAUUGGAGAGGUUGGCCGACCAGGGGCGAGGAGUGAUGGGUAUGACGAACUAAGGCAAAGGGGAAGGAAGGAGGACGUGCUGCAAAGGAGUAGAAAGAGGCCUGUCGUGGAGGAUGAUCAUGCUGGUCAGCACUUAGAGGAUGGAAAGCGGAAACGGACCAGGUUCGAAUCCGAGCUGAAAACGCAACGUAAGAAUGCAAAAAGGAGAGCUCAUUGA